GUGAAAUCCCUUUUUUCCAAUGAAAAGAAAAAGAAAAAAACCUGACGAUAAAUAAUAGUGAAAAGUUCAAAAGAUUCAGAGACAGAGACCUGAAUAAGCAGGAAAGAGGACAGGGAAAUUCAACGAGUGGCGCCAGCAGGAAACCUCCAAGGGACCCAAUUGGCUGAAAAGGAGAGGAGCCACCACCGCUUUUCUGGUGGUAAACAGCUGCGUCGCGGUGCGGUCAAACAAACCGAUGACUGCGGUUACGGACGGGGUUAAUUAGCGAGCACGAGGCAGCAGCAGCGAACAAGAGCGAGCGGCAGUGAUCGAGUCGAGCAGCCAGCCGCGACCGCGACCAUGGCUCUGCUGCCGCUGCCGCUGCUACUGCCUCCGCCCCUCCCCUUCCUCAUCAUCAUCACCCUUCCCCCUCCCGUCUAGACACGCAUCAUUGCGCUACUCCGCGCUGCACUCCUCCCUCCCUCCCUCCCGUGUCUGCUGUCGCCUCGGCUGCCCCUCUCGUGCUCCGCUCUCUCCUCCCUCGCUGGCCGCUGCUCCCCCUCUCCUUCUCUUCUUGCUUGCCGUGCCGGUGCACCGCGCUCUUGCUAGCUAGCUUGCUUGCUGCCUAGCUAUAUAUAGCCAGCCGAGCAGGCUUUCCUUUCCCAAUUCAAACAGUGCAGCGGCGUUUGCGGCGACGACGGCGGCAGAGGCAGAGGCAGAGGCAGACGACGCGAUGAACGCCUUCUUCUCGUCCCUGGCGCGCGGGCUCGACGACUUGGGCCGUGCCGGCGGGUUGUCGUCGCUGCCGGCGCUGCUGCGGGCGGCGGCGCUGCUCAGGGGCCUGCACUCGCAGCUCACGCUCAUGGUCGGCCAGCUCCACCUGCCGCCUGGCGGCCGCUGGCUCGACGAGUACAUGGACGAGACCGCCCGCCUCUGGGACGCCUGCCUCGCCGUCAAGCUCGGCCUCGCCUCCGUCGAGCGGUAUUGCGCCGCGGCCGCCUGCGCCGCCGCCGCGCUCGAUGACUGGCUCCAGGAUCCCUCUCCUCUCUCCACUCGCCAGGUGCUGCGGGCGAUCUCCGUGUCGAGGAGGGAGGCCAUGGCCGCGGAGGAGGAGAACCGCGCGCUGUCGGACGCGAGGAUCGCGCCGCUGUCGCUGCAGCUGGACGAGCGGCUGCUGCUGCGCGCCACGGACGCCGCGAGGCUCACGGGCUUCAACGGCUUCCGGGGGCUCCUGUACGCGCUGCACAACGCGAGCUCGCUCCUCCUGCUCAUCCUCGCCAGCGGUGCCGUCUCCUGCGCGGCCGCGGCGGCCGGCGGACCGUGCGCCGCGGACGACACCGCCGGCGGCGGCGUGGACGCCGGUGCCGGCUUCAUGGCGUCCAUCGCAAUGCUGCAGCAGAGGAUGGCGGAGGAGGCCGAGUCCGACGGCGCGGCGGGGAUCAGGAUGUGCGAGUUCCGGUGCGCGCGCGCCGCCGUGGAGGCGGCGCGGGAGGAGGUGGAACGCGUCGCCGCGACGGGCCGCAAGUGCGAGGGCGCCACCGGCGGCGUCGUCAAGGACAAGGUGGAGGAGCUCAAGGCGUGGGUGGACGUGCUCCGGACCGGCACCGAUAGCCUGGUGUGCCAGCUGGACGACUUCCUGGACGACAUUGUCGAGGGCAGGAAGGAGCUCUCCGACCUGUGCAGCCAUUGAUGGAUCGAUCACACACACACACACACACACCUCCUCGUGCCCCCCGAUCGAGCCAGCCUCGGAGCUCCACCAGUCCCAGCAUAAAGAUCGUCAUCACCACCAUCAUCACAAAUUCAUCACAUGAACGAAUGAAUGAUGCUCGUUGCUUGCGUUGCGUUGCUUGCAUGGUAGUACAAGCAAAGUCAAAUACGUACGUACUAGCAGUGUCCCUAGCUAGCAAUAGCCUGUUGUUGUCCCUCUGCUCAAUCUCCAUCUCUGUCGUGUUUAGGGAUGGAGAGAGUGAUGGAUGAUGGAGCCUCCUGUGGUGUCGCAGCAGCAUUUUGGUUGGCCAUGAUGCUGUUCCUGUCUCGUUGUUGCGUCUGCGGCCUCUGCCAUGAAAGGAGGAGGCAUGAUGGGGAUGAGUACUGGAGUUUUGGAACGAAGAGGAGGAGAGGCAAGUAGGCAA